AUGGAUUUACCAGUAGUAGGAGAGGCUGGGGAGAUCCUCGACAACUUCAUCAAUCAAAUCGAUAAUGGAGAGGACGAGAUAGAACGGCCAUGCAAAUCUCUGGACAAUCACUGCGUCAGGAAUUGGUUGCAUGAGCACUCAGGCUGUAAGAAGACUUAUGGCCCCGUACCGGAUCCCCUGCAUAGAGUACAGGCCACCCAACAGCUUCCGAGAAUUAAUUUUACAAUUAGUGCAAUCGACGUUCCAUACAAUGGUUUAAACGGAAGAAUUGAAGAGUUCUAUGUUAACAGAAAAACUGAUCAAGUAGUUUUGGCGGUGGAGUUUCGUAACGUCGCCUUUCAAACAAAUAACAGCUUCUAUAUUUUCUACCGUCGUGCAAAGGAACCAGUGAUAACCAAUGAUUAUUAUUUUAUAAGAUUAAGUUCACUUGUUGUGACAGCAACAAUACCUCGGAUUGACAACCUACGAUAUGACAGAAGCGAGCACUUCACCUAUUCAAAUGAUCCAACGUCUACUUUCACAGUCGGACCAAAUACUUUCGCCCAUAGAGAUCCAGUCGUUCAGAGAGUGUUCUUGGCUUUAAUAUCGAAUCUUCCUGUCAACAUUCGUGAGAUUGUCAUUGGCGAAGGGCCCUUCCUCAUGGCAAACUUUAUACAAUACUCCUUGUGUGAUUUUGGUAUCAAAGUUAUUUGA